UGCCAGGCUUGUUGGGCUGGUUUGGAGCUGGAAAAAUCCCGAGAGCUCCGCGGUUUGUUUGCAAGGGGCGUUUUCCAGUUGGGCUGGGCCCUUUGCCAGCAGAAAACUCCUUCCUAGCCUGGAAAACACGGAUGAAAUAGGAAAAACUCGGGAACGGCCCAGGCGGAGCAUCCGGCCCCCCCUCGCCAUGGCUUCGUCUGAGCUGCCCCCCCAUCCUGCAGUAGGAGCUGCGGUGCCCCCCGAGCCGCCCAGCCCGGUGCCCGCGGUGGGGGAGGACGUGGGUGAAGCCUUUGACUUCGAGGACAGCGAGGAGGAGGGGGAGGAAGAGGAGGAGGAGGAGGAUUCCGCGGCUGAUCCCAGGGGGGACGUUGUUCUCCGGGCCCCCCCACGCCGCCGGCGUGGGACCAGCUCUGAGGGUGAGGGGCUGGUGCCAGAGACCCAGGAGGGGGCCCCGGUGAGGAUGAGCAAUGGGGAGGCUGGGGGAGACCCCCCCAUCCGCACCCGGACCUGGAAGAGGGAGAGCAUCUGCCGAGGUGAGCGGUUUUCCUUCCCGGAGGUGGAGGACGACGUGAUCUACGACGACGUUCCCUGCGAAAGCCUGGAUGCCGAGCAGGAUGGAGCGGCAAGGGAGAGGAGCCUGAUCUAUGAGGAGGUGCAGCGAGGAGAGGGGUCCCGGAUCAGCGAGGAUUUGGGCUGGAGCUCCAGCGAGUUCGAGAGUUACAGCGAGGACUCUGCAGAGGAAAGCAAAGCCGAGCCCACCAAACACCGAGCGUCCUUCCAGCCCAAGCUUUCUCCAGACCUGAAUAGACUAAAGGAGAGAUACGCCAGGACUAAGAGGGACAUCCUGGCUUUAAGAGUUGGGGGGAAGGACAUGCAGGAGCUGAAGCAGAAGUACGAUUGGAAGAUGACCCAGCUGAUGAAAGCGGCCAAAAGUGGCACCAAGGAUGGUCUGGAGAAGACCAAGAUCGCGGUGAUGAGGAAGGUGACGUUCCUGCACCGGAAAGAAACACCAGGGGAUGGGGAGCGGAGGAGGAGGGCGGAGGAGGCGGGAAAGCCGCCGCCUUCCCGCCGGAGCUCGAGGGUGUCCCUGGAGCAGCACGGGGGAGGGGACUCGGAGGAGGAGGACACGGGGUUCCUGGAGGUCACGGUGUCGGACAUGAAGCACCCACCGCCGGAGCUGGGCCCCAUGCCCGAGGGGCUGAGCCCUCAGCAGGUGGUGCGGCGGCACAUUCUGGGCUCCAUCGUGCAGAGCGAGCGGAGCUACGUGGAGUCCCUGAAGCGCAUCCUGCAGGAUUACAGGAACCCGCUGCUGGAGAUGGAGCCCAAGGUGCUGAGCGCCAGGAAGUGCCAGGUGGUGUUUUUCCGGCUGAAGGAGAUCCUGCAGUGCCACUCCAUGUUCCAGAUCGCCCUCGCCUCCCGCGUGGCCGAGUGGGACUCGGCCGAGAAGAUCGGGGACCUCUUCGUGGCCUCGUUCUCCAAGUCCAUGGUGCUGGAUGUCUACAGCGACUACGUCAACAACUUCACCACGGCCAUGUCCCUCAUCAAGAAGGCCUGUCUCACCAAACCUGCCUUCCUCGACUUCCUCAAGAAGAGGCAGAUGGCCAGUGCUGACCGGGUCACGCUCUACGGGCUGAUGGUGAAACCCAUCCAGAGGUUCCCUCAGUUCAUCCUUCUCCUGCAGGACAUGCUGAAGAACACCCCCAAGGGCCACGCAGACCGCCUGUCCCUGCAGCUGGCCCUCACCGAGCUGGAGACGCUGGCGGAGAAGCUCAACGAGCAGAAGCGCUUGGCCGACCAGGUGGCCGAAAUCCAACAGCUCAGCAAGAGCAUCAGUGACAGGAGCAGCCUCAACAAGCUGCUGAGCUCGGGGCAGAGGCAGCUCCUGCUCUGCGAGACGCUGACGGAGACGGUGUACGGGGACCGGGGGCAGCUCAUCAAGUCCAAGGAGAGGAAGGUUUUCCUGCUCAACGACAUGUUGGUCUGUGCCAACAUCAACUUCAAGCCGGUGAACGCAGGAGGCCAACUGGAAAUCAGCAGCCUGGUGCCCCUGGGGCCCAAAUACGUGUUGAAGUGGAGCACGGCCCUCCCGCAGGUGCAGGUGGUGGAGGUGGGGCAGGAGAGCGGCGCCUACGACAAGGACAACGUCGUCAUCCACAACGCCGGGGCCAAGAGACACGCGCCUGCCGGGCAGGCCUCGCACAAUAAAGUUUACCUGGGGCCACCACGGCUCUUCCAGGAGCUGCAGGACCUGCAGAAGGACCUGGCGGUGGUGGAGCAGAUCACCCUUCUCAUCAGCACCUUGCACGGCACCUACCAGAACCUGAACAUGACAGUGGCCCAGGACUGGUGCCUGGCCCUGCAGAGGAUGAUGAAGGUGAAGGAGGAGGAGAUCCACUCUGCCAACAAGUGCCGCCUCCGGCUCCUGCUCCCUGGGAAGCCGGACAAGUCCGGCCGCCCCAUCAGCGUCAUGGUCGUGUUCAUCACCCCCAGCCCACUGAGCAAGAUCUCCUGGGUGAACCGCCUGCACCUGGCCAAGAUAGGCCUGAGGGAGGAGAACCAGCCGGGCUGGCUCUGUCCCGACGAAGACAAGAAGAGCAAAGCCCCUUUCUGGUGCCCCAUCCUCUCGUGCCACAUGCCAGCCUUCUCCUCCAAAGCUCUUGAUCUGCAGCUCGGAGCUGCAGUUCACAACCCCGUGCAGUCCUCCCUGCUGGGCUUCUCCGCCGUCAGCACGUCGCUGCCGCAGGGCUACCUCUGGGUGGGGGGCGGCCAGGAGGGCGCGAUGGGGCAGGUGGAGAUCUUCUCCCUGAACCGCGCCGUGCCGCGCACCGUCAAGUCCUUCCCGGUGGCCUCGCCGGUGCUGUGCAUGGAAUACAUCCCGGAGCCGGAGGAAGGCGAUCCCCCGGGCUGCCAGGAGCCCCGAGGGGGCGAGCAGCCCCCCUCAGCCCCUCACCCCACCGUGUGCCUGGGGCUGCAGGAUGGCAGCAUCCUGGUCUAUGGGAGCGUGGACACGGGAACGCCGUGCCUGCUGAGCUGCAAAAGCCCAGGCAUGCAGCCCAUCCUGUGCCUGAGGCACAGCCCCGAGUUCCUGUUUGCCGGCCUGCAGGACGGCACCGUGGCCGCCUAUCCCCGGAGCAACGGGGGGCUGUGGGAGCCGGCAGUGCCGCCCACCCGCCUGGCCGUGGGCAGCGGCCCCGUGCGAGCCCUGCUCACCCUGGAGGACACCCUGUGGGCCAGCUGUGCCAACCAGGUCACCGUGCUCGAGGCCACCACCCUCCGUGCCCAGCAAACGUUCGAGGCGCACCCCGAGGCCGAGGCCAGCGUGACCCACAUGGUGAAGGCGGGCAGUGGGGUCUGGAUGGCCUUUUCCUCGGGCUCCUCCAUCCGCCUCUUCCACACCGAGACCCUGGAGCACCUGCAGGAGAUCAACAUCGCCACCAGGACCACCUUUGUGCUGCCAGGUCAGAAGCACGUGCGUGUCACCAGCCUGCUCAUCUGCCAGGGCUCGCUCUGGGUGGGCACCGACCAGGGCAUCAUCGUGUUGCUGCCCGUGCCCCGCCUGGAGGGGAUCCCCAAAAUCACCGGGAAGGGCAUGGUGUCCCUCAACGGCCACGCGGGCCCCGUGGAGUUCCUGGCCGUGGCUCUGAGCACUUUGGCCCCCGACGUCCUCAAGGGCGACCGGGAGGAGGAGGAGGAGGCGGGGGAGGAGGAGAAAGCCCCGGAGCUGGACGGGCCCCCCCCUCGGGAGCUGAGGAAGAAAGGGAUUCUGCUGCAGUACCGCCUGCGCUCCACCUCCCACCUGCCGGGCCAGCUGCUGUCCGUGCGGGACGCGCCGCCCGGAGCGCCCGCGCACACCGAGGAGGACGGCUCCAUCUACGAGAUGGCCGACGAUCCCGACGUGUGGGUGAGGAGCCGGCCCUGCGCCCGGGACACGCCCAGGAAGGAGAUCUCCUCGGUGGCCAUCGUGUCCGGGGGCCGCGGCUACCGCAACUUCGGCGGGGACGGCCCGCGCCGGGGGGACAGCGACAGCGCCCUGCUCAUCUGGCAGGUCCCGCUGAUGCUCUAGCGGUCC